GAGGCGCGGGCGGGGAGCCGCUGGCUGAGGUGAAGAAGAGGCGCUUGCCCGGUGCAGCGGGGCGAGGAGGCGGGCUUGCUACGGGACGCCGCUGACAGAUGAGUGACAUCAAAAAACUAUGAUUUCAGGAACGAAUGUUUGGACCUAAUAUAAAAGUAACCGGCCUUAAACGGAACCAUAGGAAGAAAAUUUCAGAGAAUCUCAAGUCAUAAUCAAAUUACAUCAGAAAUUCAAUCAUGUAUGGAAGUGCUCGGUCAGUUGGGAAAAUUGAGCCAAGUAGCCAGAGCCCUGGGCGUUCACCAAGGCUGCCACGUUCACCACGAUUGGGCCACCGUCGAACCAACAGCACGGGGGGCAGCUCUGGAGGUAGUACUGGAGGUGGAAGUGGCAAGACACUUUCAAUGGAAAAUAUUCAGUCCUUAAAUGCUGCCUAUGCCACGUCAGGCCCUAUGUACCUAAGUGAACAUGAAAAUGUGGGCGCGGACACACCUAAAAGCACCAUGACCCUUGGGCGAUCUGGGGGUCGUUUGCCUUACGGUGUUAGGAUGACUGCAAUGGGCAGCAGCCCCAACAUUGCCAGUAGCGGGGUUGCAAGCGAUACCAUUGCAUUUGGAGAACAUCAUCUUCCUCCUGUGAGCAUGGCUUCUACAGUGCCUCAUUCACUACGCCAAGCUAGGGACAACACAAUAAUGGACCUGCAGACACAACUAAAGGAAGUGCUCCGGGAAAAUGAUAUAUUGCGGAAGGACGUAGAAGUGAAAGAAAGCAAGCUUAGCUCCUCCAUGAACAGCAUCAAGACAUUCUGGAGCCCUGAGCUGAAGAAAGAGAGGGCCCUGAGGAAAGACGAAGCAUCGAAAAUCACGAUUUGGAAAGAACAGUAUCGGGUGGUUCAGGAAGAAAAUCAGCAUAUGCAGAUGACCAUUCAAGCUCUUCAGGACGAGCUUAGGAUCCAGAGGGACCUGAACCAACUUUUCCAACAAGACACCAGCAGUAGAUCCAGUGAACCAUUUCUGACCGAACUAACAGAAGAAAACUUCCAACGGCUUCAUGCAGAGCAUGAGCGUCAAGCCAAGGAACUCUUCUUGCUACGCAAAACCCUGGAAGAAAUGGAGUUGCGCAUCGAGACUCAAAAACAGACCUUAAAUGCUCGUGAUGAGUCAAUUAAAAAGUUACUGGAAAUGCUGCAGAGCAAGGGAUUGUCUGCAAAAGCCACCGAGGAAGAUCACGAACGCACAAGAAGGUUGGCAGAGGCUGAAAUGCACGUUCAUCACCUGGAAACCUUACUAGAGCAAAAGGAAAAGGAGAGCAGCUUGCUCAGAGAAGAGAUGCACCGUCGUUUUGAAAAUGCUCCUGAUUCUGCCAAAACUAAAGCUUUACAGACUGUUAUAGAGAUGAAGGAUUCUAAAAUUUCUUCUAUGGAACGUGGACUCCGAGAUUUGGAAGAAGAAAUCCAAAUGUUGAAAUCAAAUGGUGCACUCAGCACAGAGGAACGUGAAGAAGAAAUUAAACAAAUGGAGGUGUAUCGUAGCCAUUCCAAAUUUAUGAAAAACAAGGUAGAGCAACUGAAGGAAGAGCUAAAUACCAAAGAGGUUCAAGGGGAGGAACUGAAAAAAAAAGUGGCCGAUCUCCAGACAGAGGUCUCUGCUAUUGGUCAAGUGAAACAGGAACUAUCCCGAAAAGAUACAGAGUUGCUGGCUUUACAGACAAAAUUGGAAACCCUCACAAACCAGUUUUCUGAUAGCAAGCAACAUAUUGAUGUACUCAAGGAAUCCCUCACAGCAAAAGAACAGAGAGCUGCCAUCCUGCAAACAGAGGUAGAUGCACUUCGGUUGCGCCUGGAAGAGAAGGAGGCAAUGUUGAACAAAAAGACUAAGCAAAUUCAAGAGAUGGCUGAGGAGAAGGGAACUCAAGCCGGAGAGAUUCAUGAUCUCAAGGAUAUGCUUGAUGUGAAAGAACGCAAGGUUAACAUUCUUCAAAAAAAGAUUGAAAAUCUUCAGGAGCAACUAAGAGACAAAGAGAAACAAAUGAGCAGUUUGAAAGAAAGAGUAAAAUCCCUGCAAGCUGAUACCACCAACACCGAUACAGCCUUGACUACACUAGAGGAAGCACUUGCAGAAAAGGAGCGUACUAUUGAGCGACUCAAGGAGCAGCGUGACAGAGAUGAGCGAGAAAAACAAGAGGAGAUUGACAACUAUAAAAAAGAUAUGAAAGACCUUAAAGAGAAAGUCAGCAUCUUGCAAGCAGAUCUUACAGAAAAGGAGACUACACUCCUGGAUUUGAAGGAACACGCCUCUUCAUUAGCGUCAGCAGGAUUGAAAAAAGACUCUAGACUGAAAACAUUAGACAUUGCUUUGGAGCAAAAGAAGGAAGAAUGCCUGAAAUUUGAAACUCAACUGAAAAAGGCUUACGAAGCAACCAUUGAGGCCAGGGCCAAUCCAGAGAUGAAUGAUAGAUUUCAGCAGUUCGAAAAAGAGGUGGCUCAGUAUCGAGAAGAGUCUACCAAGGCUCAGGCUGAAGUGGAUCGCCUGCUGGAAAUCCUAAAAGAGAUGGAAAAUGAGAAGAAUGAUAAAGAUAAGAAGAUAGCUGAACUGGAAAGACAAAUUAAAGAUCAGAAUAAGAAGGUAGCAAAUUUAAAGCAUAAAGAACAGGUGGAGAAGAAAAAGAGUGCACAAAUGUUGGAAGAAGCAAGGAGGCGGGAAGACAAUCUUAAUGACAGUUCCCAGCAGUUACAGGAUAGUUUGCAUAAGAAGGAUGAUCGAAUUGAGGAGCUAGAAGAAGCACUGAGAGAGAGUGUACAAAUAACUGCAGAACGGGAAAUGAUAUUAGCUCAAGAAGAAUCAGCCAGGACACAAGCUGAAAAACAGGUAGAAGAGUUGAUGAUGGCUAUGGAGAAAGUAAAACAAGAACUGGAAUCUAUGAAAGCAAAGCUGUCCUCUACUCAGCAGUCUCUGGCUGAGAAGGAAACCCAUUUAACCAACUUGCGGGCUGAACGGAGGAAGCAUUUGGAGGAGGUGCUAGAGAUGAAACAAGAAGCCCUUCUAGCUGCCAUUAGUGAAAAAGAUGCCAACAUUGCUCUCCUGGAGCUUUCGUCCUCUAAGAAAAAAACUCAAGAGGAAGUCGCUGGAUUAAAACGUGAAAAAGACCGCUUGGUUCAGCAGCUGAAACAACAGACUCAGAAUCGCAUGAAAUUGAUGGCAGAUAAUUAUGAAGAUGAUAAUCUGAAAUCAUCUCAUUUCAAUCAAACUAAUCAUAAGCCCUCCCCAGACCAGGUAAUUCAGCCUCUUUUAGACCUUGAUCAGAAUCGUAGCAAGUUGAAGUUAUAUAUUGGACAUUUGACAGCCCUAUGCCAUGACCGGGACCCUCUGAUUCUCCGUGGACUCACUCCUCCCACAUCGUACCACCUGGAUGAGAAUCGUGCAGCUUGGGAGAAGGAGCUGCAGAAGAUGACUCUGGAGCAGCUUCACAACGAGCUGGAAAAGGCCGAGAAGGACAGCGCAGAGCUACAAGAGUUUGCGAAUGCCAUUCUCCAGCAGAUAGCCGAUCACUGCCCAGACAUCCUGGAGCAAGUUGUCAAUGCACUUGAGGAAUCAUCGUGACUGAAGCCAGCACUGCUUCUCCACAGCAGCCUGCCACGGGGUCAGGCCCUCCCAGUUCAAGGAGUCAUGAGAAUAAUAAAGCAUAUGAAAAGGGGAGGGGGAGGAAACACUCUUGGUGCACCUUUUUAUAAACAAAUGAACAUAAACUGGUAAUUCCUCCAGUCGAUAAUGCCUGCAUUCAUCUUCUUACUGCCUUUCUCCGUCGGAAUAUAUGCCGCACAGUUACUUUCCGGUUGGCUCUGGGUUGUGUCUGCUCUGAAAUUUGCCAAGACUAGAAAGUGUGACGAGGGCACUUGCCUUUAUUUUACUUUCCAAGUAAUGAAAAUCUUUGGCCUGUGUGGGGAAUUCCAUGUCCUCUAAUAGUGUCUUACAAUUGGCCAACAUCCGUUUAGCUAAGUUUGCUGCUUGCGUCUCUACAGGAGGGUUGAUCCUAAAGGAGAGGUGGGAAGUGUCCCCCAUUCUUAGUGAUGCAUUCUGUUAAAUGCGUUCCUGUGUUUUUCUUAUUUGUUCUGCUUAUUGUGAGCCUCACUUUUUGUUUACCAAAUGAGCUAUGAAAUCUGGUGGCUGGUUUUUAGUCAAUUUUACUAUAACACUAUUGUUGCAUUUUUGGUUGAAUUGUGCCCUUCCCACUUCCCACUUCUCUCAUUUUAUCUGUUUUUUUGGGUUCUUGGGGAGUUGCAUCAUAUUCACUGUGGUAUGUUACAGAGCCUCCAUCAGCAAUUGAGAGAUCAGAAUAGUUUCUCUACAUGGUAUUAGGUUAAUAUAUUGCAAUUCACAGCCUAAUUAGGAAUCUGAACAUUCAUUUGAAUUUUAUUAAUAUUGAAAGCACAUUUUGAGUAAGGGCGCGACUAGUUCUAUGCAUAAUUUAUUCUUAAAAACGUUCACUGGAACAAACUUUGGUUUUGCUAUAUUCCUACCUUCAUUAAACUAAUUUCCUUAUUUCAGGCUUCAGGGUCAUGAGGAACCUUUAGAACAGUGUUUCUCAACCUUGGCAACUUGAAGCUGGCUGGGGAAUCUGGGAGUUGAAGUCCACUCAUCUUCAUAGCUGGCUGGGGAAUUCUGGGAGUUGAAGUCCAUUCAUCUUCAAAUUGCCAAGGUUGAGAAACACUGCUUUAGAGCAUAAAUAUGCUCCUUCUUUGACAAAGAAUGCAAUGUCUACAAUAUAGUCUCAGUCUUAAAAAGAUUUUUUUUUUCCUUCCUUUCUGGAUGCUAUACAUUUAAUUCUUCAUCGCUAAGGUCCCCUUUUCCCCGCUGCCUCAUCUCUACCCAGCACAUGCCUAUGUUCAGAUCUGGAAAGCCAGCUCACACGACGUCAUGCAUUCGAUUUUGAAAGAAUGCAGUCAGGCAAAUUAGGUGUUCACGAUGUCUUGUAGAUGGUUCAGAAAACGGAUUGGGCAUAAAUAAGCUUGGUUUUGAAUUGUAAACAGUCUUUCAUCCUAUGGGUUUCCUAAUGAAGGGUUCGUAUUGCUCUUAGUUAGCACUUCCAUGGUUUUAGAGAUCUGUAAUGAUACCUUAAAAGCAACUAGAGCCACUAGUUAAUGCUUUUUGACAUAAAAGAGAAGAGACCUGAGUGAUCUUAAGUUGGCAGUUGCCUUCACCGGAAGGCAUAUAGACAGCAACUAUACAUACUAUUCACCCAUGUCUCAUAUCAAAGCCACACCUGUGGCCCUAUUGCUUGAAUGGCAUAUUUUGGUAGGACCUGCUGCUUUGAAAGCUUCCUUUCAGGUUUUCCUCCUUCAUCCCUAAUUACUCACUAUAGGAAUUUAAUGCUGCCUAUAAAACCAUCUCAGCCUUCAGGCCUAACAUUUGCCACCAGUGCUUAUCCUAUUGAGUUAUAUGGUUGGAUCUUCAGCUGCCCUUGUUCCCUGCUGUAAAAUAAUCCAUUCUCUGUAGGAAAAGCUCUGGAAUUUCCUUAUCUCUGGUUGAAAUUACUUCUGCUUGUAAACUUAGCUGAGAUGCUCCUUGAUAGCUUUUUCUUUUGUUUUGUUUGAAGGGGGAAUUUUUCUGAAAAAUGGAGAAGAUAGUUUGUGGUUGUUCCUGCAUUCUCAUGUGCUUAUUGCCCUGUUUAUGCUAAUGCUUCCUGAGCAUUUAACUCUUCCCCUACAUUUGGCUACACUAAUGCAAAACAGGAUCUGUUACAAAAAAUAUAAUAUUCCGAGAACUUCUUAAAGGUCCCACUGCAAAGAAAUGGUGAUAGGUACUAUUGUUUGCAUUCCAUUCACUACAUUCUGGAAAGGGGGGGAGAAAUUUGUUAAAUUACUCUUAUUAGUAUAGCAGCUGUUGAACCCUUGCCAUUCUUACCACAGAUCUGGACUGGAGCUCCCGUGUUGCUCUUCUUUUCCUUCUUGUAUAAAAUCUCUUCCCUCCACCGUGGAUUCUCUUGCAUUUUGAGGAUGGAUCUAAGCCUUCAAUAAAAACUUGGGAGAGAGAAAAAUGCACAAAAAAGUUCUUAUCUGCAAACAAUGAUCUAACAGCAGUAAAAUAUUGCAAGUAAUCUUGAUGCCAUUUGGAAAGAGGGCCUGUCUUUUUUCACAUCUCUAGGAACUGUGGGCCUUAAAUACAAGGUGUUGGCCAUGAGUUUGUAGAACAACCAUUCUAUUCCGGUUAGCCAUGUCAUCUGGGAAUUCUGGACGCUCCAGUUCCAACCUCUCUGGAGGUUGUAAGGUUAGAAAGUAAUUCUGGAAGAGCAUGAUAUUCUUAUUUCCUUUUUACCAUAAGGUAGAAGAUGGUUAACAAUCUUGUAGAUUUAAACAAUAUUGGCUCCAUUGGAAGACAAAAUGAAAUACUCAGACCUAUGUCUGGUAAUCUGAUAUUUCAUUGAAUGAGUCACAGCUUUCCUCAGUUUUGAUAUCUUUAUGGUCUGCUACAAGUAAGACCAAGCUUUUGUGUCCAGAAAAUAUACCCCGAAAGGUUUUUCUGGAAAAGCAUUCUUUUUUUUUAUGUGCCUUGUUAAGCACUUCAGUUUUACAUGAAUUUUAUUUAGAUUAGCAAUGUUAAUAGAUUUUUAUUGGGCAACGAGGCUUGUCCGUUUUGAGAAUUGUUUUCCUUUUCUUUCAAGCUCUGAAAAGCUGGUUUUCUGUUAAUAUGUUUCGUGAUCUCCAAAGAUGCUACACAGAAAGAAUUUGAACAUAUUAAGAGUUUCUUGAAAGAAUAAGGUAAUUUCUUGUGCCAGCCUCGUUAGAUUGUUUAAUGAUCCAGGUUUUCACUCUGAUUUUAUCAAAACCAAAUUUCAAACAUUUUUUUAAGAGGAAAAGGGAACUUCAGCUUCAGAAUUAUGCAGUUAUAGACAAGAGACAUGUCAAUGUAAAACACCUUUCUUUUUUAAUUAUUCGUUACAAUGACUACUUUUGGCCCUUGUUUUUAUGUAGGAAUGCCAAGUACUUAUCUGAGAACUCCCAAAGACUUGCAAUAGCUAAAGAAACAAAGAAUAUAGCAAAAUAGAUACCAAUUUUUUUUAAUGUGGUGGGGGAGGGUUAAAGAUCGCUGGAAAUAUAUACACAUCCACGUUCAUCAGUAGUAUUAAACUUCUGUUUUAUCUAUCAAUUCUAAUAUUCUGUCAGGAAAAUUUCUGUAUCUGAACAUAAAAUAAACUUCUAAUCUCGUAUGAGUAAAUGAUCGCCAUAGCAUAGAAUCCUGGAGUGACCUUAUCAAAUGGAAAUAGGAUGCAUUUUUGCCAUAGUUGUUGGAAUCCAAGAGGUGCUACUUUAGCAAAAGAAGUGAAAGCAGAUUGCUGCAUAUCUAAUACCUUCUUCUCUGGAAAAGGUGACAGAGCAGAGAAAUUGGGCAGUGGGGUGGUUGGGGGCUGCCAAAGUUACCAAGACAAACUCUUCUCUUGCCAAACACUCAGUCUUUAUCAGUGCAACCGGUGCUGUUUUUGUAAUAACCGUUUUUUACUUUUUUUCCAUUUAUAAAGGAAGCUGUUACCUUCUGAACAAAAUGGCUGUUUGUCGACAUUUUUUUAAAAACGAGAAUAAAAGCAUUUCCGAACUUUUCAGUGUCAAAGUGUAAAACAUAAGAAUACUGAUUUUUUUUCCAGUGCGUGUGGUGAGUGCUGUAACCCUGUCAUCAUUGGUAUUCUUAAAUCUUUCAGGGUUGGGUUUGUUUUGUUUUUUUAAUUUUAUUUUUCUGUUUCGUUCUCUGCUUGUCAAUUUACUGUCUGUGUGAUCCUCUGGCUGGGGCAGUUACUGACCGUGUGUCUAUUGUCUGAUUUUAAAUAAAAUUAAAAAAAAGGUAGAGUAGAAAUCGAAAAGUUGUACUUUAAAAAUAUAAACACUAAAUGUAUUGUCCAAAGGAAUUCAAAUAUGAAUAGGCAAAGUUGUGAACUCCUCCUUUUACAGUUAUCUUAGGCAGUUCCCAAUCUUGUUCGUUUUAAGCAUGGUUGGUUGGGGAAUUUCUGGAAGUUGAAAGUCCUUAAAGUUGGCAAGAUUGGGAAACUCUGGUCUAAGGAAAUGGAUGAUUUAGGUUCAAGUUACCUUUUAGUUGCCUUGGUCAGACUUGAGGAAGACGAGACCAGUGUGGCCUUCAUAGGAACAUCACUAACCCUUGGAUUUCCUCACUGUAUCACUAUGGUAAUAUAUAUGGAGUCCCUUUACAAGAGAAAAAUAAAUUAGUCCUGCAGUUGUGGGUUUUUUUCCUCAAGUUUCCUAGUUUUUUUAGUAGUACAAAUUUAAAUUGAAGGGAUGCACGGAAGGUGGCAUUCAUAUUUUGAUUUUUUUUUUUUACACAUAAAUUAUAUUUCCAAUUCUUCUGUCAAGAGUUCCAUUGUUUCUUUGAAAAUAUAAUCUUAAAGGGCUUGUCAUUGUGGUAGAAGAUUUCUACUACUGCUCCAGGGUUUGGCUAACAUAAAUAUGCAUAGCAUCAUUAGAUUUAUUAUUGCUGCUAAUCAUAUCUUACAAAACAUGAAUGUACUUUCGAACGUUUAAACCUGGUUAGUUUGGGGAAUACCUAUCAACCUUUUCCAUUUGAAAUAACCAGUGUUUCAGCAGAGAUGUAUCUGAUUUACUAUCAAGUGUUCCUGCCAGAAUAAGAACGCUGAAUUUAUUGCAGAUGGUUUGUAAUUUCACCCUUGGGACAUUCUUAUUAAUGCUGCAUCUUAAAAGAUUUGAGCCAAGUUUAAUUCGUAAUUGCCUUUACUUUUUCCCCCAUCUGUUUUUGGCUUAGAUGAAGUAAUGCAUCUUUCAGACAUUCAACAAAUAAACUAGAAUUUGUCAUGAGCAUCUCCUUAAAUACAAACGGCUCAUAAGCCUAACUUACCUGUAUUAGCAGUCACAUUACUGAUGGCUUGUACAUACCAUUUUAAGGAUAUGAUCACAUUGGUUCAAGUGAAUGAGAUGCUCCUAUACAACCUGAAAUGCAUGCUGUUAAUUCUUCCCGGCCAAAAUAGUUGGUUAUUUUCAUCAGACUUAGUUCAUGAUGAACUUAGAACACUAAGUUCUGUUCUAUCAAAUUACUCACAAAGGCAGCAUAGUAGGCUGUUAUAGGGGUGAAAAAUAGUGGGAUGGCUCCCCGUGUUUAUAAUACUGCAGGUGGGCAUAGUAAAGAUGGGAUAUUAUUUUUUUGUCUACUUGGAAAGUGAUGUUUUGCACUUUAAUAGAGGAGGAGACAACUUUUGCAUAUAUAGUCUGACAUAUGUUGAGUUCCUUUUGGAAGGACUAGCAGUGGGAGAUAAUAGAUGUCUGUAAUACAAGUGCAUAUGCUGCCUUCGACAUAAAUGUGUUUAAUUGAUGGAGUCAUGUUACUGACAAGAUAAUGAAUUGCAAAGAAAUUGUGUUAUAUAUUCAACUUUGCCUUGAUAAUAUAAACAUUUUUGUUCAGUUGUUUCUUUUUUUAUUAACAAAGUUCAUGAGGAGAUUAUAAACUUGUUUAAAAAUUA